AUGAAACAACCAUUGACUAUGGGUACAUAUGGAGCAUUAGUUACAACUAGUAUUCUUGCCUUGAUUUACAAUGAUCGUGUCGUUUUUGCCGAAAAAAGGAAUGAUCUUGAAGCUCCCAAUGCUUGGCCUUUGAUUGGAAGUUUUCCUACAUUGCUACAAUGGCUUCCCAAUCUUCAUGAAGCUUUUCUUCUUGGUUCACACGAAUUGGAUAAAACUACUUAUGCAUUAUCAGUGUUUUUAGUUCCCCAUAUGGUUGUUACCCUUCAUCCUGCUAAUGUCGAACAUAUCUUGAAAACUAACUUUGAAAAUUAUAUCAAGGGACCUCAUUUUAGCAAUGCAAUGGAUGAUUUAUUUGGUCAUGGUAUAUUCAAUGCUAAUGGUGAAGAAUGGCGAUAUCAACGAAAAACGGCCUCUCACGUUUUCAAUGUCAAGAAUUUCCGGGAUCAGUUCACAGAUGUGUUUUUGGAUGAAAUGAAAUACAUGACAACGCAUGUUUUGGACAAGGCUGCUGAACAAAAUCACAUUAUUGACUUCCAUGAUUUGAUGUACAAGUUUACUCUGGAUUCUUUCAUCUUACUUGGUUUUGGUGUCCAUUUGAACUCACUUCAACAAGAAGGAAAGGUACCUUUUGCGGCCGCUUUUGAUGAAGCACAAAAAGGUACAUUUUUUCGGAUGAUCAAUCAAUACUGGUCAAAGACAGAACCGGCAUUCAACUUUAUUGCACCAUGGUUAUUCCCAAAUAUGAAGGAAGGUCUCAAGGUAGUGGACAGCUUUGCUCGUGAAGUCACAGAAAAAAGACGGGCCGAUAUGGCAGCAGGCAAGACGGAUGCUAAGGAUCUCUUAUCGCGUUUUAUGAAAGCAAGCAAUCAACAAGGCGAGCCCCUCGACGACAACGAACUUCGUGAUAUUGUUUUGAAUUUCAUCAUUGCGGGUCGUGAUACUACUGCUCAAGCAUUAUCUUGGUGUUUCUACAUGUUGACUACACAUCCCCGUGUGGAACGCAAACUUUAUGAUGAAAUUGAUCAAUGGAUUAAUGAUGACCUACUGACGGAUUCCUCGGCAUUAUAUGAAGUUAUCAGAGGAAAAAUGAACUAUGCUCAUGCUGUAUUCUUCGAAACGUUACGCCUUUACCCAUCUGUACCAUUGAAUCAAAAAUAUGCUCUGAAUGAUGAUAUCUGGCCCGAUGGUACGCGCAUCAAGAAGGGUGACUAUGUUAUAUGGUCUUCUUAUGCUCAAGGACGAAGUGAAAAAGCUUGGGGACCUGAUGCCAAACAUUUCCGCCCUGAAAGAUGGAUUAACGAAAAUGGUGACUUGAAACGUGAAUCACAGGGUCAAUGGCCUGCCUUCCAUGCUGGACCAAGAACGUGUUUAGGACAAAAUCUCGCUACUUUGGAGGCCAUAGUAGCAAUCAUCAACUUGGUUCGACAAUACAAAUUCACUUUGGUGCCUGGCCAAAAAAUCACUUAUCAAAUUUCCCUGACACUUCCAAUGAAGUAUGGUCUCAAAUUAUCUGUUGAAAAACGUCAAAAGAAAACAACUUGA